AGGUGUGUUCAGUCAACGUCAAGUGCUUCCAGCGUGACCAUCCCCUGCGUGCUCCCGUCCCGUUCCUCCCCGUCUAUCACACACACAGCUCCACGAUGGCCCUCAAUGCUCUACUGAACGCAGCGCUGAAGGCGGUCAGCGGCGCCGACUCGCACCCUCACCAGCAGGCGGAGGGAGACGAGGGGCGCUUCUUCAUCACGGGCACGGGCAACCCCAACCAGUCGCUGGUGGUCGGCAACUCAAACUUGGUGCUCUUCGGCCUCGUGGCGGGCGCCUUCGUGAUUGCUCUCGUCGCCGCCGCCUUCACCGGCCGCGGCUCGGGCUCCCUCGGCUACAAGUCAGCCUCGCCCUCAAGUUACGAGAGUUCCUACGCCGUCCACCGCGCCCUCGAAGACACCGCCAAGAUGCACGAGUAGCAGCUGUCCCUCCCCAGCACCCCAUGACGCCUCCGCCCCAACCCCACCACGCAAGGACACACAAGGAUAAAGAGUCAGCAAGAAGCCAGUCGACCUGCACAUGACAGCCCCAACGAACCUGCUAUUCACCAGCCAUCAUCUCCGUCCAUGAAUCUAUCUUACCUCCAUUUGAGCUUAUCAUCCUAUUGUUCCUAUACUCCUGACCCUCCUUUAAACACCUCCACCCUAACACCGCCUCAACGCCACCACCCUCACCACCACUUUACUCUUUCUCACGCACCUGGGCCUAGAUACCCAUACAUGCCGCCUGAUGCUUCUUUAUCUUGUUAUUCCGUCCCUUUUUCAUCUCCCAUUUGCCUCUCGGUGUCAUGAAGUCAGGAGCGUCAUCGUUUGUGUGUGUGUGUGUAUGUGUGUGUGUGUGUGUGUGUGUGUGUGUGUGUGUGUGUGUGUGUGUGUGUGUCUGUCUGCUUGUCGGGCUCUUAGGCGGCCCCACUUCGGGAAGGACGCCACCCCCAUCGGUAUGUAAUUGUGAGAAUAAUUUAUUGGCUUAAGUAAUGUAAAUAAAAUAACGA